AUGCCCCUAUUAAAUUCUUUUGUCGACUCCAUUGCUUGUGUCGGUUUUACUUCAGAACGUGGUCUUAAACUUGAUCCAGAAUCUAAAGACAAUGGAUCUUUUUUUACAUCUAAUUUACAAUCAUCUGUAUUGGCUAUUAUUACGGCUGAUCGUGCUAUGUAUCCACAAUCGCGCGGUAGUGAAUUUAUCGAUCCAUCUUAUCCACCAAUAGGUUACCCAAGAUCACGCUCCUUUUCAGCACGAUCAACUAGUUCAGAUCGUUCAUCACCUGUUUCUUCUUUAGCUACCGGUAUAAGAACUCAAAAACAACAUAUGGUACCAGCUAGAUUUAAUAAUUUACCACUUUUCUGUUUUCCUGAUGGUGUUCGAGCUACACAUCAACGAGAAAAUGAAAAAAUUCAUCAAAUUGUAUUUACACAAGAAGAGGGAAAACGAAUUUAUGCUCUGGCACUUACAUUUCAACAAUCAUUUAGUCUUAAAACAAAUAAACCUGAUGAUGAUGGUAUAUAUCAAGUUGAUGAUGUUAAAUUAUCAACAUCAAAUCCAAGACGUCCAAGUGUAUCAAAAAUUCCCGUCGCCAUUGAUAGACAAAAACUAGCUUCACCAUCUUCAUCACCAACAUCACCAUCAUCACCAUCAACAUCAGCAACUAAGACACGUUCAAAAAAAAUGCCUUCAUCAUUUCAUUAUUCUGAUCCAAAUUCUACUAGUCAAAUACGACCGUCAUCUAGUUCUACUGAUUUGACUAAACAACAACAUCAUUAUGAAACACAUACCAUUAGUAGUUAUAUGAAAAAUUUAUCAUCAACAGCUACACCUCCACCUACUCGUAUGGUACGUACGAAUAGUCAAAGUAGUUUAGUAUCCUUAAAUGAUGCUACAAGUAGUACUACUACUACUACUACUACUGAAGUACGAAGACGUUCAAGUUCAAAUACAUCUCGAACAUUAUCAACGACUACAGCAUCAUCAUCUUCAACAUCAUCUGAUAUAACAAAACCAUUCUAUUUACCACAUUGUAUUGUUCUUGUUUCUAAUCAACCAUAUUGGACUGCUAUGCAAGAAACAAUUUCAAUUAUUCAUGAUGAAAUUAUUCGUUCAAAAACUGAACCAAGUUCAAAUCUAUAUAAACAAAUCAUACAAAAAUAUGCGUUUCUUGCUUGUAAUACACCAAUACCACCCAUACCAUGGGAACGUUUUUCACUUUCAUUUAAUUUAACACAUGAACAAUCUGUAUUAAGAUUUGAUCCACCCAUAGAUACAAAUCAAACAGUACUCGAUUUAGAUUUAUCAAUUCUUCCUUUAACAAUUAAUAUUGGCAAAUUACUUGAUGUAUUAGCAGUAAUAUUUACACAACAACCAAUUAUUUUUUUUAGUUCAAAUUAUUCAACAUUAGUUGCAACACUUGAAUGUCUUCUCUAUUUAAUAUAUCCAUUAAAAUGGGUUCAUGUUUAUGUACCAUUUGUACCUGAUGAUUUACGUGAUUACUAUCUUGAAGAUCCACCUGGUUCAUAUAUAAUGGGUGCACAUUCACGUCAUCAAUCUAUUGUUGAAGAUCUUGAUAUAAGUUUUACAUGUAAUUUAGAUAAUGAUAAAAAUAUACAUAUACCAAAAAAGAUUGAUUUUCAUCAUUUACCACCAAGUAAAAUUCAACGUUUUGUUAAUCGAAUAACAGAAUUUCUUGAAAAUAUUAAAGUAUCACGUUCAUUACAAAAUGUUCGUACACCAAUUCGUUUACGUAUUGAUCAACAACGUGAAUAUGAACGUCAACAACGUGUUACAACAAAUCAUAAACUUAUGAAAAUAUUUCUUGAUUUAAUGGUUGAUAUAUGUGGUGAUACAUUAAAACCAAUUUAUUGGAAAGUAAAUCCUCAACAAAUAAGUCCAACAAAUACAUUAACAAGAACAUCAAAUGGUGAUGGAAAAAAUUCUACUCCAAGUCAAACUAAAACAACAUUUAGUAAAGAAAAAUAUUUACUUUCUAAAACUGAAGGUGUUGAAUUAGAAUUUUAUCGAGCAUUUAGUGAAAGUACAGCAUUUCAACUUCUUAUGGAAAAAGAAAUGACAUCAACAUCAGCAACUUUAUUUAGACAAAUAUGUGAAUUACAUUCAUUAUCAAAUGAAAAUCAACUUUAUCAUGUUAACAGUAUAUCAUCAGAUGGACAUGAAUACAAUCAAGUUGAAUCAACAAAUACAUUAUAUGACUCAAUGUCUUCUCAAAUGUUAUUACCAUUACCAAAUUGGUCUUCAAAUAUAUCAACACAUUAUUUAGAUAGUUGUAUCGAAAUAUUUACUAGUGAAUUACAAAAUGCACAAAAACAACAUUCACCAGCUGUAAUAUCCGUUUAUGCUUAUCUACGUGGUUGUGCAUUGUUAGCUCGUGGUCAAUACAUUGAUGGUCUUCAUGAUCUUUAUUUAAUUGAAAAUCCAAAUCUAUUUCCAUAUGAUUAUAUUGAAACAACCAUUCUUCCUCGUCUUGUUGAUGAAUGUUUACUUGAAUUAUUUCUUAAUGAACCAUAUUAUACAAAAUCUCCUGAAUGGAAAAAAAUUAAUAUACAUUCAACAUCUCAGAAUAUGACAAUAAUUGAUCUUGAAAAAAGUGGAAAUUCAUUAGAGGAUGCAACUCCUAUACAAUCAGCAACUGAAGUUGAUCUUAAUAAUGAAUUGAAUCUAUUAGAAAAUAAUCUUACAUUAGAACAAUUUAGUGAAUAUGUACAUCGUUUACGUAUUGUAUUAGAUAAAGAAACAACAGAAAAAUUAUUCAAUGUUUUAUUAUAUUGGACAGAUAAUUCAAUAACAAAAACAUUGAAAAAAGACAAAACAUUAAUAAAUAAUACAAGUAAAUCUUCUGAAACAACGAAACCGUUAGCUAGACAUUUAGCAAUACCAACAAGUAGCUUAAAAGAUACAUUGGCUAUGCUUAGUGAUCAUCGACGAGGACAGCAAAAUGCAACAUCUCCAACUAAAUCAUCAAUAGAAUCUAAUGCAUGUUUACCUACAACAUUAUUUGAAUCAUUUCUUGAUAUUUGGCAACAGACAAAUGCUGAAAAAGUUCGAAUGAAUCGUUAUUUACCCGAAGAUCGACAAACUAAAGAAUCAAUUUUAAAAGUUUCAUCAUCGGAUAUUGUAUCGAAAGCAGAUGGUCCAGGACAAUUAAUUCUAACACAAAAGCGACUUUAUUUCUUGCCUGAAACACGUUCAUUUGCACGUCUUCUUACUGAACUUAUGAAUAUCAAAUCUGUUGAUAAAUAUCAAUAUCAAACAGCUUUUUCAUCAUCAAAACCGAGUAUUAAAAUUCAAACUUUAUCAACAACAUCACCAUUACCAUGUGAUAGUAAUUUAACAUUAAAAUCUAAAACUUCAUCAUUAGAAAAAGAAUCUAAAUCAGUGAUUAGAUUAAUUUUUAAAAAUAAUCAUGAACAAGAAUUAUGGUAUAUAAUUAUUAUUGAAUUAUGGUCAGGUUUAACAAUUGCACAUGAACAAUGUGAUACAGCUGUACUUAAUAAAGCUUCAAGACAUAUUGCACUUAUGGAUACACUAUCUAAUAUUGAUUAUGAAGAAGAAGCAGUGUCACCUGUUGGUAAACAAUCAACAGAUUCUCGUGAAAAACUGAAACAACGUCAUAAUGAAGCAAGUCUUGAAAUGGCUUUAAGUGAUUUAUCAACAUUUACACGAAUGCGUCAAGAUGGUUCAUUUAAAUCAUUAUCUGAUGAAACACGAAAUGUUCUUACUCAUCGUUUAUCACCAUCAAUAAAUGAAACUGAACGUCAUGCUGUACGUUGUCUUAUAUUUACUGAACAUCGUGAUAAUGGACGUUCAUCACUUUGGUGUGCAUAUGGUUCAAAAAUUAAAGUAUAUAAUGUAACAACAUGGAUAUGUGAUCGAGUUGAUAUAUCAUUUCCAUCAUUAAUAACAUGUAUGUGUCUUGAUACACGUGAUAAACUUUGGGUAGGUUGUAUUCAUGGUCAAGUAUUUGUUGUUGAUACAAUAACACAUGUUCGCGGAUCACAAAUAACAUCGAUUGAUGGUGAAGGUGGAUGUCAAACAAUAGCAUUUGAUGGAAUACAUAAUUAUAUUAUAGCUGCUAAUCGAACUGGUUCAGUUACUGUUUGGAAUGCAUCAAAUUGGGAACGUUUAAAUGAUUUUAAUUUAUACGAAAUAUAUAAAACAACUCAAAAUAGUCAACAACAAACAUUUAAAAGUGAAGCAGUAGUUACAUUUCGUAAUACAACACAAUCAUCAAAGACUGUACCGAACCAAAAUCGAAAACAAAAACUUAAUGCCGAUUCAAAAGAAUCUACAAAACCAUUUGAUAUUCCAAAUAUACCAUUACCUAGUGGACCAGCUCUAAUUAUCCCAUCAAUAACAGAUAAACUUGAACGUAUACAAAUUUACGAUGAUCUUCUAUUUGCUUGUUUUCGCUAUGAUUAUAUACUUAUAUUACGUAUAUCUGAUUCAAAAACUUAUACAUUUGAACAUUUAAUAUCAGUUAAAUAUAAAACAGGUGAUUCAACACCAGUUGAUUCAUUUAUUAUUUAUAACAAACAAUUAUGGGUAUCAUCUGGUUGUAUUAUUUAUGUAUUUAAUGUCAAUAAUACAAAUGAUGAACAUUCAUAUAAUUUAUUAAUGAAAAAACCUGUUGAUGAUGAUUGUCUUAUAACAAUGUUAGGUUUUCAAGAUCAUAUAUGGGCUGGAUCAUUACAUGGAAAUGUUUUUGUAUUUCGUAUGGAUAAUUAUGAAUUACAUAAAACAUUUGCUGGACAUAGUGAUGGUGUUUGUUGUUUAUGUUCAAUGUUAGAUACAUAUGUUAUUAGUGGUUCAUUACAAAAUGAUACAUCAAUUGCUAUUUGGGAAAAUAUACAAUGA